GAGCACGCGUGAGAAAGAGAGCAUGAGAGGGAAGGAGAGAGACCGAGAGGCAGGGUAACAGGAGAGAGAAUCCUUGGCCAACGGCACCCUGAAAGAACACUUCACAGGGAAGUAAAGGAGCAAUAGAGUGAUUACCUAAGGAGGUAAUUAACAUGGUGUGAAAUCUGGGGAUGAUAAGGGGGAAGCAGAAAAAUUUACGAGGAAACAAUUAGGAGGCCGGCGCAUCCAGACGCGACGCAGACGAGGCCCAAUCAGGUUCUGAGGUCCCAGCAGUUUAUUUUCAGUGGUCGGUCUGCAUCACAAUGAUAUGCCAAUCACAGCGUAUUCGGACACAGUGACUGGCUUUGUAACUCACCACCCAGGAUGUCCGAAUACAACUGCUCCAUGGCUGACUGGGAUUGCCCACAGAAAGUGACGUGUGGCAACCGGACGGCUGACCUGAACGGCGUCGAAGGGCUGGAGGACGUGUGCCUGACCCUGGAGGAGUACCUGGAGAGGCACCUAGGCCACCGGCGCUCCCCCGUCUUCCUCCCAGUCUGCCUCACCUACAUGCUCAUCUUCCUGGUGGGCGCUUUCGGCAACGUGCUCACCUGCAUCGUCAUCGCCCGCAACAAGGUGAUGCGCACGCCCACCAACUACUACCUAUUCAGCCUGGCUGUAUCCGACCUCUUGGUGCUGCUGCUGGGCAUGCCGCUGGAGCUCUACGAGAUGUGGCAGAACUACCCCUUCCUCCUGGGCAAGGGCGGCUGCUACUUCAAGACCUUCCUGUUCGAGACGGUCUGCUUCGCCUCCAUCCUGAACGUGACGGCACUCAGCAUCGAGCGCUACAUCGCCGUGGUGCACCCGCUGCGCGCCAAGUACGUGGUGACGCGGGCGCACGCCAAGCGGGUCAUCGCGACCGUGUGGGGGAUGUCCGUGGUCUGCGCCAUGCCCAACACCAGCCUGCACGGGAUCCACACCCUGCCGCCAGUGGGGCAGGGCACAGCCAUGAUGGAACUCCAGGAGUCUGCCAUCUGCACGGUGGUGAAGCCCCGCUGGAUGUACAACUUGACCAUCCAGAUCACCACGCUGCUGUUCUUCAUGCUGCCCAUGUUGACCAUCAGUGCCCUGUACCUGCUCAUCGGCCUGCAGCUGAAACGGGAGAAGAUGCUCCAAGUGUUGGAGGCCGAGACCAGCCUGGGUGGAGACAGCUACAGCAACGUCCGGAGCCAGCAGCAGAAGGCCCGGCGUCGCCAAGUCACCAAGAUGCUGUUUGUUCUGGUGGUAGUGUUUGGCAUCUGUUGGGCACCAUUCCACACGGACAGACUCAUGUGGAGCUUCAUAGAUGAGUGGAGUGACAUCCAGCUGGAGGUCUACAAGUAUGUGCACAUCCUCUCUGGGGUUUUCUUCUACCUCAGCUCAGCCGUCAACCCAAUCCUCUACAACCUCAUGUCCACGCGCUUCAGGGAGAUGUUCAAGGAGGUGAUGUGCCACCAGCCCAGACGCCCGGCGCCCAGGAAGCAGUCCCUCAGCGUCACCAGGGUAACGCUCCGCAGCACCCUCAGCGAGGCUGCGCCGAUAGCGGGCGUUAUGGGAGAGACCUUUGACCUCAACGGGGACAAAGACCACCAGACCACUUGCACUUGACAUUGAUUCUUGGGGUCAGAGUAAGGUGAAUAUAUAUCCCCGAUUAGAUGGGAAGUUAUUCUGGGAGUGUAUA